AUGGAAUCAAAUAAGGAUGUCUUUGAUUCAUUUGGACCAUACCAUCUGCGCAAUAACAACUGGGAUGAUGAUCGUCAUCAAAUAGCUAUUUAUGCGUGUUUAGUUAAUGGUGUUUACAUCCUCCAACGUGACAACAAACGACAUCGAAAUGGAGAAAAUGCAUUGGCCCCUCGGUGGUGGGAGUUCUUUGGCUUCAAACUAUUGGAGAAGCUUUAUGACGAAGAUGAUAAAAGCAUCUUUGGUGCUGUUUACGUAAUUGGCCCACGAUGCGUAAUUGCCUUUAGAGGCACGAUGAAAGGGCGUGAAUUUUUUCAGGACAUGAAACUGGAUUUGGCCAUUUUUACUAAUAAACUUGAUAGAAAAUCACGUUUUAAAAUCGCAAUGAAAGUUGUAGAGGAAAAAGUUGUUGAAUUUGGUCAGGAUAAUGUUAUUCUUGUCGGGCAUUCCUUGGGGGCAGCUCUAGGUAUGCUUGCUGGAAAACAUAUGGUCAUUGAGAAAGAAAUUUACCUAAAAACUUUUCUCUUUAACCCACCACACACUACUCCUAUAAUGUUGUUAAGUGAGAUUAAGUGUAGGACAUUGGAAAAAGUUAUCCGAAGGACGACGACUUUUGUAAAUAUUACUGGACAUAUUCUAAUUUCUACAGAGGAAGAAGAAAAAGAAGAAGAGGAAAAGUUUGAAAAACUGUCUGUUUGGAAACCAAACCUGUGUGUUCAUAAACAGGAUCUGAUCUGUUCAGAGUAUCAAAGUUAUUUCAAUGAUAUGAAGGAAAUAUGGGGAAGAAUUGCUGCCAGGGUUUCAGCUAUACACUCAUGGAGGAAGAUCCUGGGGAAGAAAACAGAUAUUCCACUGCAUUUACUUCCAUCAGCAAAGCUGACCGUAAUAAAUCAGGCAGAAGGAGCUUUAGAUGCUCAUAAACUUCAACAGUGGUGGAAACCUGACCUGCAAUUUGAUUCUCAAGAUUUUUCUCUAUAA